UCUUCCGAUGACACCAUCUCCACGGCAACGCACCAACGGCAACGUAACUGACUUCCAACAGUCCGGCAGAGGCUGCAGUCCGAGCUAGGCACCAGGAAGGCAACAGUUAAUGGUGGCAGAGACGGAAUGGGACGCCAGCCAGCCAGCCAGCCAAACAGGUCUCUCUUAAAAUAAGCCACUCUACUCCCCUUCAUAUGCUCGGGGAGGGGAAUAAUGGAAGCCUCCUUCGUGGAAGAGGUGGCUGCAUCUUUGGUGAGGGAGUUUCUCAGCAAAAAGGGCUUAAAAAAGACAAGCGUCACAAUGGACGAAGAAUUUCCCCGCACAGCCCUCAGUAUCAACAAUAGAAAUGAGCUUCGGAGUGUUUUGCAUCUACAAUCUUUAUACAAAGAUAACAAGGCAAAGGAGAAUCCACUGAAAACCAUCAUCGAAAUUAUGACUAGUUAUUUUCUGGAACAUACAAGCAACAGCAAAAGCAUCAAGAGCCCCUCAGUUCUACAGAACAAGUUUUCCCAGCCCAGGUGUGCAGAGAAUUAUCUACUUAAGAAUUCUCUCUCUGAAGACAACAUCUGUGGGCAAUCAGUACCUGCAAGGAACAAAAUUGAGACCUACAGCUAUAAAACUGAUGAGGAAAUCUUCCAUCCAGCCAAUUUGUCCAGAAGGCAGCCUUACAAUAAAAGUGAGAGGAGCAAGACGGGGGCAACACUGGAUAGCAGCUUAGCUGCUGAGGGAGAGAAAAAGCUUGCCAAUAACUUUGAGGACCUGAAACCGCCAGAGCAGUCUUUGGAGUCAAGAACCGCCAUGAGGGAGAAACUCCGAGCCAGGCCUGGUCUGAUCGCCAGAGGAAUGAUGGCGGGGCCCACUGCCAACUCUCAAGAGGAUUCAUUAAAAAGAAGGCAUCUAAAGCGACCCUCUGGAAUCAGCAGCACAGUACAACUCAGAGGGGAAGACAGUGCAAGGAGCUCUUUAAACCUGCCCAGGGAUGAUUUGCAAGAGAGUAAAGGGACUCACAAGCUACCAGUGAGUGUCCUCUCUUCACACAGUGGCAGUCCCCUAGACAGAAGCAAGGAUCAUUCACCCAAGAUUAUGUUUAGUCCACAUACAAGCGCAGAUGAUGAGAAAACAAAACAUUCAGCCAAAGGCAGUGAGAGUCUGUUUGCCAAACCAACACCAGAAAGGCACCGAGCUGAAGAAAGGAGACCCAUGUCCGGCCACCAUGUGGAGGCGAAUGAAAAAAACCAUCACUUAAACUUCUUUCAGAAACAGACAGGACCUGGAAGCGAGAAGAGAGCGGUAUCGCCUAAAAAGACUGAAACUCAGUUUUUGGACUGCAGAAAGACUCCAGCGCCAUUGUCCAGCACAGACACUCUAGAAUUAGUUGAUAUUGAAGAUGAAGCAACUUUUGAGGAGGCUUGCAGGAUCCCUGACCCGGUUACUCUUCAUGUGCUCCAAGUAACAUCAGAGCCCGUUGACUUCUGCCUUGCAAGAGACCUAAAAAGCCUUCUGUUUGGCUCCAGCCUCAGCUGCUUCAGUGAGGAAUGGAAAGUCCAGAGCUUCACAUUUAAUGAUAUCCCUCAACUGAAGUACGGCAUCGUACAAAAAAAGGGUGGGCCAUGCGGGGUACUGGCAGCCGUUCAAGCCUCCGUCCUGCGACAUCUUAUCUUUGGAGACAGGAACAGCAACAGCAAUACUGGGUGCCUCCAGACCUCGGAAGCUCACCGGACGAAAUGCCUCCUUUUGGCACUCGCUGAUAUUUUGUGGCGUGCGGGGAGCAGUGAGAGAGCCGUGGUUGCUUUGUCUACGGGAGUGCAGCAGUUCACCCCAGCAGGAAAAUACAAAGCAGACGGGAUCCUGGAAACGCUUAUGUUGCACAUUGUCACAAAAUUUGAUGACUUGCUGAAGUUUCUGCAACAGAAUAUUUAUCAGUUUGAAGCUGGUCCUUGUGGCUGCAUUCUUCUAACCUUGUCCGUGAUAUUAUCAAGAUCCAUCGAUCAGGUUCGUCGAGAUUUUGAUGUGAUCACAAACCACUUGAUUGGUGCACAUGGAUACUGUACGCAAGAACUGGUCAACCUGCUGUUGACUGGCAAAGCUGUGUCCAACGUUUUCAAUGAUGUGAUGGAGCUGGACUCCGGGAAUGGAAACGUCACCGUUUUAAAAGGCAUCGUUGGCCGCAGUGAAGUUGGCUUGCUGUCCCUCUUUGAGCACUACAACGUUUGCCAGGUUGGCUGUUAUUUGAAGACCCCCAGGUUUCCAGUUUGGCUGGUGUGCAGCGAGAGCCAUUUCAGCGUCCUCUUCUGCUUGCAGAAGGAUUUACUUGGCGACUGGAAGAUGGAGAGGCAGUUUGACCUGUAUUACUACGAUGGCUUAGCCAGUCAACAAGAGGAGAUCCGUCUCACCGUUGAUACAUCCCAGCCUUACGUCGCAGAUAAAGAUGAUGACCUAAUUCCUCCACUUGAACACUGUAUCAGGACCAAGUGGAAAGGAGCUGUUGUCAACUGGAAUGGCACAGAACCCAUCCUGUGACCGCUGUGACCCCACCGGCUCAAAAGAGGCCUCCUCCCACUCUUGGAGGAAGCUGGGCAGGUGGCGUGCCUGCCUUCAUCCCAUGCAACGAGACUGAGCAAAGAGGCAGGACUUCAUGCUCUGGCCAGUGUGUAAACAGAGGCUGCACCUAUUUGAAGCGGCUUCCCUUUUCUGUGCACAAUGUAUGCAAGUGGAGAAUCAGCCUUGACGGCCAAAACAAACUGAGAGAAAGAGUAGUAAAUCUGUCGACAUCGACUCAAGUUCCGUUUCUGAAUCCCCUCCACGUCCUGCGAUUGUAUCUACCAAACAACACCCUGACUGUGUGCCCACCUUUCUCAUUUAAUGCUAGCUCUUUUGCACUGUCUCCAUUCGAAAUCAAGGAAACUGAAGUGUACACAAACAAGAUGGAAGAAAUCCAUUUUCCCAAGGGCGGUUCUGCAUUAGGUAAAGCUAAUAUGAGUGUUCCCAGCCUUGGGUCCUCACAUGUUAUGGGACUACAGCUGCCAUCAUCUGGGGGCCCAAGGCUGGGAACCCCCAGCCUAAGCUAAUAGCUCCCAAAACAUUUGGGAUCAAGGGUAUCACUGCCAACCCUUUUCUUUUUCACAUCCUGAUGUCUGCUCCUUCUGACCCCUGGCUAUUGGGAGACCCAAACUUGUGGUGCAGCUCCUCUCUUCAUUCUGCUGGGCAAUGCCUUGCCUUAUCUAGGCCACAGAAUAUUGAUGAUAAUGAGAAUUAUUAAGGUUACCCUUCUAAGCACGGAAAGUAAAGUAUUGUUAGAUUCAUCAGUCCUUUGGGAAAGAGGGCUAAGCCAUAGUGGUUUGCACUGGUCUAGACAUAUCUGCAGGGGGAUUAGCAUCUUCCCCAUGGCUUCUUGCCACAACUACCCACAUCAUUUAUUGGAAUCCAGGCCCACCACAUUCUGAGUUCCCUCACCUAGUAAGGUCACUAUGGAUAUGAAUUCUAUUGAUAUGAAUCAUUGAUAGGAAUUGUAGGCGGAGGAUCUCACUGCAUGCUAGUCUUGACUCAGGCAGUGAAUUCUGUGUGGAAAGCAGGGGGGAAUUUCCCCCAGGGAUGCUGAUUCCAUGGUGAAUGUAAUGUCUAGGUGGGAAUCUCAGCAGAAGGGAGCAUUUCCAGUAAUUAUAUAAUAUGCAUUCUUUUGAAAUGUAUACAAAAUUAAAUAUACACCCUAGGACAGAGGUGGGCAAUUUCCUCCUUUGCUCAGCCAGUCUCCCUGAUUACCAUGAGAACAAUGCCCCAUAAUAUGUUUACAAUCUUUUCCUUAUGACCCACUUCCACCAUGUAGGCGCAGUCAGCCUUGGAAACCUGGUGGGCUACAGCAAUGUAGUUUUUAGGUUGUAUUCUGUUAUUUUGGUAAAGUUGUUUGCUGUGAGGGAUGCUUAGGAAACAAGGUCAGGUACAUGCUCCCCACCUGUGUAUUAAGGUUUCCAAAGUGUAGUGUGUCAGCACAGCAUCUUGGCUACUUUUCAUCAAUAUUUUAUUUUCUUAUUAAUCAAAGCAAAAAGCAUAAUGCUGACAGGUAACAUUUCAGUAAGGUAGUGGAUGGGUUUGGUAAUGCUCCUGGUAGUUUGCAGGGGUGUUGUUUUUUUAUUAAAAAAAUGUACUUAAAAGUGUCAUUUUGUAAAUAAAAAUAAGCCUUAAAAGGAAGGUUGAACAUUAA